UUGCUGUUCAAUCCCGGUAAUUUUGGAUGGUGCUCGGCUGGUUCUGGCUGCGCCAAUGUUGGAAAUGACAAGCCUGCUGGAAGCUCCCCAACCACGAUCCCUUCUUCAUCUUUCUCGCCUUCGGAGAGCUCACCCUCGUUCGUGCUGCCCUUCCUUCGUCACUUUGUAAGCUAUCGUUCGCAGGACGGCAGAAUCUUUGCGUAAAUCAAUACAGUAUAUGACGAGCAACGGAAUGGAUACCGAAGCAGCCAUUUCAAAGCGGGGAGCCGAAGCUUCCACGCGAAUCCCAUUGCUAGUUUACUUCGUCGGUACGUGUUGGACUUUUCGCAGACCACAGAUUUGGCGCUCACCACCUCUUUGGCGCAAAGCCGUCACUGUCAUCAUUGUCGGUGUGAUUUGUGCAAUCAUCACCGCCAUUUCAUUCAAAGGCGCCAAUGAUACCGUAGAUGACAUUACUUCGGUUUUGCGUGAUGAUGCCAUUGCGCGAGCAUAUGAGUCAGUUAUGGCUAUGAUCGCGGCUGCCCCAAGGCUCGCCUCCACCCUGGGCUCUAGCCGCGUAAUCAGAUCCAUGCUCACCGCCGUCGAAUCCCUUCCAUUCCAAACGCAUCCGAAUUUCUUAGCUGAAUAUCCUGAUGCGAUGUCAGAAAUAUGGUUUUCAACUAUCAGCAAUCCUUCUAUCGGACUCGCAGGCGUCGUCUGCGCUGACGGAUCUCUAAUGCUACAGGCUGCUCAGGCAGGAAUUGCGAUGAUUCAAGAUUCCAGUACAAACUAUACAUUCGGGAUGGAACUUCUCACAAGGCCAGACCCGGAAGGCAGGCUACCUGUUGUGGGGCCCACGACAUUCACUGCCUACGGUGGACCAGGAACUCCCCCGGAUCCCGCGACAAGGCCGAAAGCCACUACAAAUAUCAGCCUUGGCACAUGGGAGCCUGCUAGGGUUGACGACCAGAUCAAUUAUGGAUUCAAUUGGCGUAUCUGGCGCAAUGCUCAGAUCGGGAAUGCCGUCAUUGGAAGCGCGGAUAUCGGCUCUAUCCAGAUCUCCUUAUCGACUGCAUCUCUUGAGCCGAUGCUUCGCAACAUCCACAUCAGCCCCAAUGCCGUUAUUGCACUCUGGGAGAGCGAUGGAACAAUGGUUGCUGCAAAUGUUCCGAACACUGUUCGCGCAGUGGGUUCCGUUGAAAGGGCCAAAGCUAACAAUACGACGGACGCACUCAUCCGAGCUUCCGCACAAGUCCUUCUGGAGAUGACCGGCGAUGGGACUUCGUACCUCUCACUGCCAGCUGAUGUCAGAACGACAUUCACGGAUGAUAAGCGAGGCAUAGUACUGAUGCAAUCCAAGUGGGUGAAGGAUAUCUAUGGAUUGCAAUGGCUAUUAGCGACUUCACUGCUAGCUUAGAUAAAGCGCGAACUAAAAUCAUUUUCGGAGUCGUCGGAGCGAGCAUCGGACUCGCAUUAGCAUCCUUCGCGCUUUCGUACGCUCUGGUGAUCCCGAUCCGGCGCCUAUCCACCAUCAUGGAGCAAGCUACAAUGUUCGAUUUUUCUGCAGCACGCUCGUCCACAUUUUUGACCCAUUCCAGCAUCUUUGAACCCGCGGAGAUCGCCCGAUGUAAAGCCGUCUUCAAGACAAUGUUGACAAAAUUUGCCUCAGCCAUACAAGACAACAGGAACUUAAUGAAAAGUACGACAACGGCAACACCAAAAUCUGACAGCAAACACAAGUCGUUGUCGAAGUGACUGUCCUGCGAACCCUCAUCGAUGCUGGCUGGUAA